CUCUCAGGAGAGCCCCGCUAGGUCGGCUCGGCGCGACGAAUUUUGAGGCACAGCCUUUGUGAAUAACCGUACCGGGAUAAGCGACCGACGGUCUCACCGUCGACGACGAAGCCACAACAGCCCCAAGCGCUCUUUUCUAUCCCUCACCACCGUCGACAUCGUCCACAACAGCGACGGCGACGACGAACACACCUAUCCGCAUCUCCGUCACCGCGCUGCCCAUGGCGGCCCUCGUCUCUGCCAGUGCCCCUACCUCGCUCAAGACCGCCCCACAGCGCUCCGGAAAGUCCGUCACCGACGACCUUCAGUUCGCCCACGACCAUCCCAGCAGCCCCGACGUGAACCCAAUCCAUGCUAUCACCCAGGGCGCAGCGCCCGGCUCAGCAGAGGUCCAUGUCAUCAAAGUGACAGACGACGCCGUCCGCGUGCGCGCCGGCACACCGCCCCAGUCCGUCUUCAAUAAAGUAGGCGGCCAGCUCCUCCGUGUUGUUACCAGGAGUGACCCCGAUGGCCAGGACACGGACGGUCAUGAUCUAGCAGCAGUUGGGCCCCCGCCGCCGUCGCCACCAGCGAGCGAAGAGCAAGAUACGGCAGAUACCCUCCCCUUACCUCCGCCGAUGAAAUACACCCGCUCAGAACCCGGCCCAGAACCUCCACAGCGGCCGCCAUUCGCAAUUCAGGCGUCCUCGUCGGUCGCAGGGCCGUCGACGUCGAGCUACCACACCCGCACGUCGACGGACUCGGCGCCGGCGUCUGCUCUCGCGCGUUCCUCGACCUCACGGUCACCACCUGGUCAUCACACAGACAACACGGCCACAGACACUGAUACCGGCGUCUUCUCCAUUUCCUCUUCCGCUCCUUCGAAAGCAACACCGCUAAACACGUCCGCGGACGGCUAUCUCCAGCCACCCUCGUCGUUCACCGCUCGUCCCUCCCGUCGCCAUACGACCGACUCGGCACCGUCGAAGAUCCGCGCGAGAGCACACUCGACGAGCGUCGAUCAGCCCGACAUCGAGAAUGAACUCGCGGACGAUAUUAAGCUUCAGGCGGAGCAGAUCAGGCGAGAGAAGCAGAACAGGAGGGCCCAGCAGCAGCGGGAAGCGGAGGAGGCGCUCACGAGAGCACAACCGACGCGGAAGGAGGAUGACGAGAAGGUGCUUGUCGGAAACUUGAUUGGAGAGGGGCACGCAAACUAUGUUAUGAUGUAUAACAUGCUUACGGGUAUUCGAAUAGCGGUCUCGAGAUGUCAAGCAAAAAUCAAGCGGCCGCUGACGGACGAGGACUUUACAGCACGGCAUAAGUACUCCUUUGAUAUAGUCGGAAACGAGCUGACCCCAAGCGCGAAAUACGACUUCAAAUUCAAAGACUACGCGCCCUGGGUCUUCCGCGACCUCCGAGAAGACACCUUCCACCUCGACCCAGCCGACUACCUCCUCUCCCUCACGGCCAAGUACAUCCUCUCCGAACUCGGCUCUCCGGGCAAAUCCGGCUCCUUCUUCUACUUCUCGCGCGACUAUCGGUUCAUCAUCAAGACGAUCCAUCAUAACGAGCAUAAGUACCUGCUCUCGGUGCUGAAGACGUACCACAAGCACGUGAAGGAGAACCCGCAUACGCUUUUGAGUAGGUUUUAUGGAUUGCAUAGGGUGAAGCUGCCGAGGGGGAAGAAAAUCCAUUUCGUGAUCAUGAAUAAUUUGUUUCCGGCGCAUAAGGAUAUUCAUGAGACGUAUGAUUUGAAGGGGAGUACGAUUGGGAGAUUGUACCCCGAGGAGAAGGCGAGGGAGAAUCCGAGGGCGACGUUGAAGGAUUUGAAUUGGAUUAAUAGGGGGAAGAGUCUCGAGUUGGGCCCGUAUAAGAGGUCGUUGUUGACGGAGCAGUUGAGGAGGGACGCGGAGUUUUGUAAGGAGUUGGGGGUGAUGGAUUAUAGUCUUUUGGUGGGGAUACAUAAUAAACGGAGAGGGAAUAGGGAUAAUGUUAGACGGAAUACGCUCAAAGUGUUUUCGGUACGUUUAUUUUUUACCAGACCCUUUCCUCGUAUCCUUGGAUGGUCAAUUGACGAUGGAUUGGUGCCACAGCCCGACGUCCCUCGCCUACCACGCAAGCCCACACACUCAAAGAUGACGCCCUCAGCCAUCGCCGUCCGCCGAGCCAUGCGCGACUCCAACAACCUCCAAGACCUGGGCGCCGGGUCCGAUUCACUCCAACUGCCCGAGGAAGACACGGGCGACAGACAGCACUUCAUCUUCUACCAGGACGAUGGAGGUCUACAGGCGACGGACGAACGGAACGAGUCGAUGGAUAUGAUCUAUUACCUCGGUGUGAUUGAUAUCUUGACGCCGUGGACGGUGAAGAAGCAGAUUGAGGGGAUAUGGAAGGGGUUGAGCGCGGAUAGGCAUAAAAUCAGUCCGGUGCCGCCGCAUGAAUAUGGGGAUAGGUUCUUUGCGUUCAUGAAGGCUAUCAUGCGGGGCGGCGAGGGUGGCGAGAAGUUCAAGAGCGAGUGAUUUUUGCUGCUCUACUUCUCUCUCUCUACCUCCUUCGCCUUCUUUUCUGCCACGACCUUCCAUUCUCGUUCUCUGUGCCAUCUUCCGGUUCUCUGUGCCAUCCCUCCCGUUCUGUCUUUGUCUCCGCACAGUAUCUCAGCCAUCCACCCGAUUAUAUUCGCCACGUUCCAUCAGUAUACCUCUUUCGCACUCGCAAUUCAGCAGAUUUGUCCACUUUUGUUUACCAGUUUAUAUCUAUAUCUAUUAACCUUUCGCUUCCGACUCCGACUCACCCAUCGCAAUUUCGCCUUUCGUCAUAUUCAUUCACUGCUUUGCCCUCCCGGAGCAACACACAUUCUUCUCCUCUCCUCGCAACUUGAACCUGUCAUUAUCCCUUUUCUAGCUAUGCGCCUCAUCCGUCCUUCCACACCGUACGCAUACAAUCCCUGCCUGUACAUGAUCAUAUAUGCCUGUCGAAUCCGAAUCACACAUCACCGUCGUAUCCGUCUCACCUCUAUGAUCAUGACCGUCCCUUCCCCGUUCCCGUUGUUUACCGCCCAGACCUUGUCACCGAAAUCAACCACCCUUUCACUCUUCUCUUCUUCCACCGUGUCUUCCUCCUCUCCCUCCUACUCCCUCUACUCCGCCCCCGCCAUCCACACCACACUCAUUAUGGUCACCACGCCACACCGUUUUCUCUGAUCCUCCUCCGCACGAUCCGCUCGUCUGCGCCACACAUUCCUUUGUCUUACUUCUCUCCCUCUCUCUCUCUCAUCGUCCGUGAUCUAUCUAUCUAUUCUGUGUUCAAUCUCAUUUGUGCCACACUCACACCCACACACACACUCCUUUGGAUCCCGCUCUUUUCCUAUCCUUUUUUGUCCUUCGUUGUGCGUUAGUAUCCGUCACACCGCCAUCCCCCUCCACUAUUCCCGACCUUCGACCUUGUCCUCUGCUUUGCAUCGCCUGAGACCGAGCACCCUCGCACGCAGUCCGAGUUAUUUCGCUUUCUAGUCCAGAGCGUAUUAGCAUUUCCUUCUCCCGCAUCUCCCUAUAGCCACCCACCCACUCACACUUCGCACCCC